CCUUUUCUUUCUUUUUCUUUUUUUCUCUACUUUGUCAAUAAAAAACAAACAAAAUGAAGAUUCCCACCAUCACCGCCAUCUUGGGUCUUGCUGCUCUUGCCUCUGCUGAAGUCUUCUUUCACGAAACUUUCUCUGAUGGUGAAGGUUGGAAAGACCGUUGGACUCCUUCCACUUACCGCGAAGAUCUUGGUAAACUUGAAGUAAGUCCUGGUAAAUGGUACGUGGACGAAAAGGCCAAUGCUGGUUUAAGAACAACCGAGGACUAUCGCUUCUAUGCUGUCUCUUCCAAGACAAAGCCAUUCACAAACAAGGAUAAGAACCUUGUCAUUCAGUUUGAUGUCAAGAAUGAACAAGACAUUGACUGUGGCGGAAGUUACUUGAAGUUCUUCGGUGGUGAAUUUGACCCCAAAACAUUCAAUGGUGACACCUCAUACAACAUUAUGUUUGGCCCUGAUAUCUGUGGUCCUAAAUCCAUGGUACAUGCCAUCUUCAGCUAUAAUGGUACCAACUAUGAUUUCAAAAAGACCAUCUCAGCUCCUAAAGAUACUUUAACUCACACCUAUACUCUUAUUGUUAAACCUGAUCAAACAUACGAAAUCUUGGUUGACUCUGACAAGAAGGCCUCCGGAUCUCUUCUCGAAGACUGGGACUUUUUGCCUCCCAAGCAAAUCAAGGACCCUAAUGCUGUCAAGCCUGCUGACUGGGUUGAUGACGCUUUGAUUGAUGACCCUAAUGAUGUUAAGCCUGAAGGCUAUGAUGAUAUCCCUGAAUUUAUUCCUGACCCUAAUGCUAAGAAGCCUGAGGAUUGGGAUGAUGACAUGGAUGGUGAAUGGGAAGCUCCUUCGAUCGCAAACCCCGAUUAUAAAGGUCCCUGGACACCCAAGAAGAUCCCUAACCCUGCCUAUAAGGGAGAAUGGGAACACCCUCUCAUUGAUAACCCAGAUUACAAGGUCGACAAUGAGAUCUAUGCUUAUGAUUUUGCAAACGUUGGUAUUGAUGUCUGGCAAGUGAAGUCUGGUACUAUCUUUGACAACAUCCUCAUCACUGACGAUAUCGAAGAAGCUGAAAAGGUUCGCAACGAAACAAAGGAUCUUCAUGAGAAGGAAGAAGAUGCCAAGAAGGCACAUGAGGAAAAGGUUGAUGCUGAAAAUAAGGCAAAGGCUGAAGAAGCUGAAAAGGACGCAAAGAAGGACCAAGAACCAGAAACACCCAAGGAAGAAGAAAUCCUUGAAGCCCUUGAAGACGCUGUCGAAGAAGCUGUUGAAGCAGAUGCUGCCAAGAAGCCUGCUAGAGACGAAUUAUAAUCAAACUCCAACUUGUCAUAUCUUCAUUAGUUAAUAUUAACUUGCUCUCUUAAUGUAAUUUUCAUUUCAUUUUCAUACAGAAAUAAAAAAAAACACUUGUGAUAACAAGUAUUAUUUAUUUACAAGUUUGCUUGUGAACAC